UGAAUGUACAUUACUUUGACAGUACUUGCCCGCAUUCCACUACACAACUCAAUGCUCAAUGACUUCUGAUCGCCUCUCCUCACUUCGACCUCCUCCUCCUCCCUCUUGACCCAUUCUUCUCUCAUCAUCACCGCCAUUCGACCUCCACCUCUCCCAUAGCCGCCGCUCCUCCACCUUCACGGACACCAUGGCGCUUAGUCUGGGCGAUUUCUCACGCGUGCUCGACAUCACCAAACAGCACGAGCCAUUGUUUCUCAAGGAUUGGGACGUGUCGCUUUUGCCUGCGACGCCAUCACGAGAUGUCGAGCAACUGCCCGGUCUCGGCAACUUCGGAGACGUAUGGAGCUUUCUUGGGUCACCGGCGCUGUCAGAGCCAGCAACGCCUGCCGCUCUGUCGACACCACUAGUCAAUUGUGCCCUUGAUCUUCCGCCAAAACAGACAAAGCAGGGAAAGCCAAAGCUUCUCGCGCAGAGUGUUCAAAAGCCGGCUGACAAGACCCAAGCUGUGAAUACUCAGGCGGCAAAGAUCUCAAACACACCUGUCACUAAAGCAGGUUCCGCAACACCUAAGAAGAAAAAGGUCACUCCACAACGACCAGCGUCACCAUUAUUUCCCAAAGCACCCGCCACCGCGCCAGCAAAGGUGAAUGCGAAAGCCCAAACCACUAUAACCCGUGAUACUACUGCCACGAAUAAGCUGCCGCUAAGCGUUCUCAAAGAUGCCAGCGUUACUGCUCCCAACACACCUACACCCAAACCAAAGCUGGCGUUUCUGCCUGCAUCUGUACAACCUUUGGCUGGCGGAGGAAGGCCGAUGCAGACUGAGCAUCGUAUAAAGAAACCCAUCUCACAAACACCGCGCUCUAUUGAGCCCAAGGUAGCUCGAGCACCAGAAGAUAAGGAUUGGGAUCUGUUCACACGCAUUAUGAAGAACUUUCCCGAGGAUCGAAAGACCCUCGUGGCUCCCAUGAAUUUGACAACACAUAACAAUGACCCAAACGGCGUUCACAUAUUUGUUGACGCGAGCAACAUCUUCAUCGGUUUCAUGAAAGAGAUGAAGCUCUCUCGAGGCAUACCAGACCACGUGCGGAUUCCUCGCGCCGACCUAUCUUUCGACUCUCUCGCCCUGCUCAUGGAACGACGACGUCCGGUAGCCAAGCGUGUUCUUGUGGGCUCCACACCUCACCUCCCAGCAUUUGACAAAGCCAAAGCUGUUGGCUACCAAUGCAGCAUCCUCGAAAAGGUUGAAAAGGCCAGACAGUUGACCGAACGUCAAGUGUAUUUCAAAGAGCAGGAAGAGGCGCGCAAACUGAAAAGUCCCUACCGCUCAAAAUCCUCUCGUGCACAGUACAGCUCGGGAAACACAUCUGGUUCUGACACCGGCACUGCAUCAGCACCUCAGUUUGACCGUGUGAAAAUGGUCGAACAAGGCGUCGAUGAAAUCUUGCAUUUGAAAAUUUGCGAGUCAGUGUUGGAUCAUCCUGGUAAGCCAGGCACUAUUGUCCUCGCGACGGGUGAUGCUGCAGAAGCAGAGUACAGCGAUGGCUUCUUGAAGACAUUGGAGCGUGCGUUAAAGCACGGGUGGACGGUCGAGCUUCUGAGCUGGAGUCGCAGUAUCUCUGCUCUCUACACGAAGCGCUCGUGGAGUAAGCAGUGGGGUGAUCGAUUUCGUAUUAUUCCGCUUGAUGAGUAUGCGGAGGAUUUGUUGGACAUGUCGAUUGCGUCGGCAUGAGCUUGUUUAGAGGUUCGCCUGUGUUACGACACAUGUACACUUUGAUGGGGUUCUUUAUUUCAUCUUUCGAGAGCGUUUGAGCAUAAGCAUGGCAUAGCAUAUGACUUCGAUUCUUGCACAGCGAUUGUUGUUUUAAUGCAUAUAUUUCCUUGCUGUCUCGACAGCACUUUGAAAGAUUUC